UCCCCUCUAUCUCUCUAGAACUAGAACGCAUACGAACGCGCGUUCUCUGAUCUCACUCAUAUUGGGCAACGAAGCAGCUUUUUCGUCGGUGGGCUAUAAAAGCCUAUAAUCGGCCGAGAUUGGAUCUACAGUGAUCGGAGGUUGACGGUGGAGGACGAUGGCGGAAGACAAGUACAACCUAAAGAACCCGGCCGUGAAGAGGAUUCUUCAGGAGGUCAAAGAGAUGCAAUCUAACCCUUCCGAUGAUUUCAUGAGCCUCCCUCUCGAGGAGAAUAUAUUUGAAUGGCAAUUUGCUAUCAGGGGUCCCAGAGAUUCAGAGUUUGAGGGUGGAAUCUACCAUGGGCGAAUCCAGUUGCCAGCUGAAUAUCCUUUCAAGCCACCUUCUUUCAUGCUGUUGACUCCAAAUGGUCGUUUUGAAACUCAAACCAAGAUUUGUUUGAGUAUUUCAAACCAUCAUCCUGAACACUGGCAGCCAUCCUGGAGUGUUCGGACUGCAUUGGUUGCACUGAUUGCAUUCAUGCCAACCAACCCAAAUGGUGCCCUUGGAUCAUUGGACUACACCAAGGAAGAAAGGCGUGCUUUAGCAAUAAAAUCUCGUGAGGCUGCUCCAAAAUUUGGGAACCCUGAACGCCAAAAGCUGAUAGAUGAGAUACAUGAGUACAUGCAAAGCAAGGCACCCCCGGUGCCUCAAGGUAGCCCAGCAUCCCCUAAAGAACAGACAACAAACAAAGAUGGCGAUGCCCAGGAAAUUACUCAAAACACUAGCGCAGAGUCUUCUGAGGCAAGGCAUCCGGAUCAAUCUGUGGCUGACGGGAUUGUAGAAGAACAACAUGAAGCCCGUCCACUGGUUGCACAUCCUGCGCAGACCUCAAGAGAGGUCCCCCCUUUACAUCUGCAUGAACAGCGGGUGUUGCGGAACCCUCAACAAAGGGUGGUCCCCAGACAAGCUGAUGACCGCAUAUUCACCUGGGCAGCUGUUGGACUUUCCAUUGCCAUAAUUGUUCUUCUGCUGAAGAAGUUCAUGAAAGCAAAUGGUCAUGGGGCUGUCUUCAUGGAUGAGUCUUAAGUCGAAGUUAUGGUAAAAUACAUGGUUAUUAGCAUUUGCCAGGCCAGCAAAUGCGGAAAUAUGUAAUGUAAUUAUCAGUUAUUUUGCGCUUUCGCCCCCAUAGUAGCAUAAAUAACAUAGAUAUUUAUCUAUAUGUAAGGCAUUAUUCUUCAUUUUGAUAUCACCCCCCUUAGUAGCAUAUCAUCAAUAAUAUGGAUAUGCUAUUUGUAAGAAAGAUUCAUCAUUUUGAUGUCUAGACAUUGAAAUGUUUAUUGUAUAGGCAAUGAUAAUGAACUUUAAUUUUAAUGUUGAAAUUGUCGUUUUGGA